AUGUUCGAGAACAUAACACCACAAAAAGCGAUCAGAUUCACUAAAUACAGCGUAGCUUUAAUCUGCUGCUGGCCGUUAUCUUCGUCAGCCACUAAACUCCAAACGAGGUGUUUCGUGGUUUUGAAAGUUCUGAACGCUGCGUGUGCUAUUUGUUUGAUAUUGCCGUUAUUGUACGCGUUGUACGUACACUUCGAGGAUCCAACCACCUUCGUCACGGCAGUCGCUCUUGUACCGUCUUGCUGUCAAGUCGUCCUGCAGUUAUGCGUCUGCACGGCCCAGCACGAUCGUCUCCAGCGAUUGAUAGAGGAGAUGACAGACUACUGCGAGAAAGCGAAAUCGUACGAAACUAUCAUCUUCCAGCGAUACGCGAACAAAUUCUCCCUGAUUCACAUGGCGUCCACGGUAUGGUUCUACUCGUGCGCGUUUGCAGUCGUGCUAGGGACGUUGUUAACAUCGCAGCCGUUUCCAACGGUUUCGGAAUACCCGUUCCGCGUCGACUACGAACCUGUCCGCACCACUAUCUUCCUGCAUCAAGCUUUUGUCGGCCUUCAAUGCGCCGCGUGCGUCAGCGUGAAUACGCUCGCUGCUUUGCUGCUUAUAUUCGCCGCGGCGAGAUUCGACAUAUUGAUGUCGGAAUUACGUGCCGCCGUCACAGUUGCCGAAUUCACGGAAUGCCUGAAAAAUUACCACGCGGUGAAAAGAUACGCACGAGACGUCGUCGAUGGUGUUCAAUACGUGACUCUGACCACUAUAAUUGUCAGCAGUAUGCUCCUUGUGAUAUCCGGUCUUACAAUAAUUGAACGACGAGGUAUUGUGGUAAAACUGCAGUUCAUGUUUCUGGCCGUGACUGCACUAUUGGAAGUUUUCACGUGCACGUGGCCAGCUGACAGCCUGUUGGAGGCGAAUCAGAGUGCAGGUGCAAUUCGAAGUGCCUACGAAGCGACUUGGUACGAACAAGAUUUGAGAGUGCAGAAAACUGUACUCCGCAUGUUGGUGCCACAAAAGGCUGAAUUCAUCAGCUUCAAGUCCGUGGUUCCGGAGCUUUCUUUGAAGUAUUAUUGUUCGUAUAUUUCAAACGCGUUCUCCCUAUUCACUGCUCUGCGUCUCGUGCUGGUCGAAAAAGACAAUGUGACACCUGAAAAGGCGAUCGCCUUCACCCGAUUCAGCAUCGCUUUGAGCUGCGCUUGGCCGCUCUCGUCAGACGCUACCAAAGCACAGAUGCUGCGUUACAGGUUCUUGCGAAUCGCUGCCGGGCUCAGCGCUAUGGGAUUAUUUUUACCUGUUUCGUACGCGAUGUACCUGAAUUAUGGCGACGCGGACGUUUUCGCUAACACAGCUUCCAUGAUAAUUGCAACAACCCACAUUAUGCUCCUGCUUCUCGUCUUCAGUCUUCUACAGGAUCGUUUUGUGCCCUUGAUCGAGGAUUUAACAACAUUCUGCGGGAACAUGAGGACCUACGAGAAACGCGUCUUCCAACGGUACGUCGACAAGUAUUCCAAGUUUUACGGUUUGACCGUGACGUGGUUUUACUUGUGCGCGAUCAUAAUCAUCUUAGGACCUUUGCUUCAAUCGACACAAACGUUUCCGACGGUCUCCGAAUAUCCGUUCCCGAUCGAUUACAUGCCCGUGAAGAUUAUUAUUUUUCUGCAUCAAUCUGCUGUCGGCUUCCAGUGUUCCUCAUCCGUUAGUGCGAACAUGUUUGGAGCUAUAUUGCUCCUGUACUCGGCUGCAAAGUUUGAAAUAUUGAUGACUGAUUUUAGAGCGGCCACAACUGCCGAGGCAUUGAUGGAUUGCCUCAAGAAAUAUUAUGUCGUGACUAGAUAUACCUGGCAAGUGGUCAGCGGUGUUCAGUAUGUAGCUUUUGCUACGAUACUUAUUAACAGCGUAAUCAUUGUAUUCUGCGGUUACAAUUUAAUUGGGCAACAAAUGAUCAUAGUGUACAUGCAACUGAUAUUCCUUGUUGGUACUUCGUUGUUGGUGGUCCUCAUGUGGGCGAUACCGGCCGAUCAUUUGAUGGAGAUGAGUGAGAAAGUUACUCGAGGUGCGUACGAAACAACAUGGUAUGAACAAGGACUAGGAAUGCAGAAAGCGGUACUUCGCAUUAUGAUGCCACAAAAACCCGUAACCAUCAGCUUGAAAUGCUUCGUACCAACCCUUAAUCUGGAGUAUUUCUGUUCGUUCGUUUCGUGCGCAUUCUCCUUAUUGACCGCUUUGAGAGCAGUACUUGUUGACAGUGACGAUAUACUGCCAACCAGAGCAAAUAACAGUACAUACAUGUUGCGGAUAUUGCGAGCCGCUGCAGGUCUCAGUGCUCUAGGCUUAUUUUUACCGGUUUCGUAUGCAAUGGUUCUCAAUUAUGACGAUGCGAUCAUCUUCGCUAACGCAGCUUCCAUGUCGCUUGCCACGUUCCAGCUUAUGCUGCAGCUUCUUGUUUUCGGCCUUCUGCAAGAUCGCUUUCGGCCCUUGAUCGAGGAUUUAACAGCUUCCUGCGGGAACAUGAGGACCUACGAGAAACGCGUCUUCCAACGGUACGUCGACAAGUAUUCCAAGUUUUACGGUUUGACCGUGACGUGGUUUUACUUGUGCGCGAUCAUGAUCAUCUUAGGACCUUUGCUCCAAUCGACACAAACGUUUCCGACGAUCUCCGAAUAUCCGUUUCCGGUCGAUUAUAUGCCCGUGAAGAUUAUUAUAUUUCUGCACCAAUCCGUCGUCGGUUUCCAGUGUUCCUCAUCCGUUAGCGCAAACGUUUUUGGAGGUUUACUGCUUCUGUACACGGCUGCGAAGUUUGAGAUAUUGAUGAUCGAUUUUAGAGCGGCUACAACCGUCGAUGCAUUGACUGACUGCCUGAAGAAAUAUCACGCCGCCACUAGAUAUGCCUGGCAAGUGGUUAACGGUGUUCAGUAUAUAGCUUUGGGUACGAUAAUCAUUAACAGCGUAUGCGUUGUGCUUUGUGGUUUCAAUUUAAUUGGGAAACAACCGAUCGUAGUGAAAAUGCAAUUGAUAUUCCUCGUUGGGACUUCGUUGUUGGAGGUCCUCAUGUGUGCGAUACCGGCUGAUCAUUUAAUGGAGAUGAGUGAAAAAGUUGUACGAGGUGCGUACGAAGCAACAUGGUAUGAACAAGGACUAGCAGUGCAGAAAACAGUACUUCACAUUACGAUUCCGCAGAAACCUGUAACGAUCACCUUGAAAUGCUUCAUACCAACCCUUAAUCUGGAGUAUUUCUGUUCGUACAUUUCAAGCGCGUUCUCCUUGUUGACUGCCGUGCGAGCUGCACUUUCUGACAGUGACGAUAUACUGCCAUCCAUGUCAAGUAACAAUACAUAUAUGAUGCGGUAAUUGAUUCAUCGUAGUUUCUUUCUCUUCAAAAUGAAGUUUCUUUCUGACUCCGAUAGGUUUAUUUGUUCUCGAAGUAUUGUAUGAUGUACUGA